AUGGCACUUAGUCAUAUGCACGGGAAUUCACGGCACCAGCAUCUACUGCAAGAAAAUGAGCAGAUGCCAGAAGAUUUUAUUUUACUCUUAGCCGAGGAAAAAAAAAAAAUGAGCACAUUUUCUGUUUUAAAUACUAGCAACGUUUCGCAGGCUGACUCCCUCGAGGACGGCGGCAACUGGACGGCAGUAACCCAGUUUACCCAGCCGGGAUGGCAAAUUGCUUUGUGGGCUAUCACCUAUUCCUUCAUCGUUAUCACAUCCAUUGUUGGCAACGUUACCAUCAUCUGGAUCAUUCUUGCACACAGGAGAAUGAGGACUGCUACUAAUUACUUUAUUGUUAACUUGGCUCUUUCGGAUUUGCUGAUGUCUGCUUUCAAUACCAUCUUCAAUUUUAUUUAUGCCAGUCACAACGUCUGGUAUUUUGGUGAGGAAUUCUGCAGGUUUCAGAACUGGUUCCCCAUCACCGCAAUGUUUGUGAGCAUUUACUCCAUGACAGCCGUGGCUGCAGAGAGGUACGUGGCGAUAAUUCACCCCUUCAAGCCCAGGCUCUCUGCUGGAAGCACCAGAGUCAUCAUAGGGAUCAUCUGGCUGGUGGCAUUUGGGCUCGCCUUCCCGCAGUGCUUCUACGCCGAGAUCACGACAGACAACGGAACGACAAAAUGCAUUGUUGUCUGGCCAGAUGACGUCGGAUCCAAGCACCAGCUCACGUAUCACAUCGCAGUGAUCGUGUUGAUUUAUUUACUGCCUUUAAUGGUGAUGUUUGUUGCAUACAGCGUUAUAGGAAUUACUCUGUGGAGCAGCGCGGUUCCAGGCAACCACCUGAACAGAGUCCGCUACGAACACCAAGUUAAUGCAAAAAAAAAGUUUGUGAAGACCAUGGUCGUAGUUGUCAUCAUCUUUGCUGUCUGCUGGCUGCCCUAUCAUAUAUACUUCAUCCUGGGGAGCUUCAAGGAAGACAUCUACCAGCAGAAGUACAUUCAGCAGGUUUAUCUUGCGAUCUUUCUCCUUGCCAUGAGUUCGACGAUGUACAACCCCAUCAUAUACUGCUGUCUUAACCAAAGAUUUCGUUCUGGCUUCAAAUUAGCCUUCCGGUGGUGUCCAUGCAUAAAAGCAACUGAGAAAGACAAACUUAAACUUACAUCCCCAUCUCUUUACCAGACAACCCGCAGGAAGUCAGGAACAACAAGUUUCAACACAGAAACGCAACUGAAUGAGAAAGAGAAGACAUCGUUUACCCUCACCCAGCUGACACUUUGAUUUUCUCCUCCCGGUUCUGGCUCUAUCCUAAUAACACCAUUUUCAAGGCAGCGGAUUUGUGGAAGCCCGAGGCAGGUCUUUGUUCUGAAGCAACCAUUUUCUAUGGGACACUUUCAGGUGCCUUCAGCAUUGAAAGCAACCCGCUGAUAAUACUUAUACCCAUGUAGGUCCAAAUAUCACCCAGGUAUAGAUGCAAGUUCAGCCCUCUCUUACACCAACAACUGCAAUACAGAACAGAGGUCAAAAAAGCAGCAAAGCAGACCUCAGGCAGUGCCAAUCAGCAGAAUAUCAAUUAUUCUCUUCCAGAUAGUGAUGCCCUGCCUUCUGUUCCACCAAGACGCUUACAUCUGGAAAAGAGGUGAUGGAGCAGGAAGGCUGGGGCACACCUGGCUCAGCUCGGAUGGGCCCUCGGGGCUGCAUGGGCAGUGAAGGCCCAUGGCUCAGCAGCGCCAAGGCAGAGGAGACCGUGGAGCAGAGCUUGCUUACAACAAAGGCAAAUAUUAAUGCGUCCAGACUGAAAAGCCUGCCUUGAAUUUUUUCUGAAUUCCAGUAUUUUCAGACCUGCAAUUUCACCAGCAUCAUCCCUCAUCAAUUGAAAGUGAGAAACAGUUCCUUAAGAUGUUGUCAUUGCAUGGAUUUCGAUAACCUCGUACCAAAACACAAUGUCAUCUUCCUGUUAAACUGCCCAAGUGAUCCCUCUGACUUCACAUAGUUAAUUGUGGUGCCUAAUUUGGAGAGCGAGGCUCUCUGAAGAGUCAGUGGCCAGGUGUGGGAUGCUCAGUGGCUUGGUCAGGGCUCAUGGAUCCGGUCUGAAUCCACCUCCUUUACCUCCUCUUAGUCCUAACUGCAGUGUGACCCAUCGGGUUUUUUUCCCAGAUAGUCCCUUCAUCUUCCCUUUCCAGACUUACUCCAUGUUUAUUAUGGCUGUUCUUC